UGAAGCAGUGUAUUUAAAUAGGAACACAUAGUCUCUACUGCGGCACUGAGGCCAAUUUGCGAAAACCAUCCAUCAUGGGGAAGAUCAUCUUCUACGAGGACAAAAACUUUCAGGGCCGCUCCUAUGAGUGCAACUGUGACUCAACUGAUUUGCACUCAUACUUCAGCCGAUGCAACUCUAUUCGAGUUCAAAACGGAAACUGGAUGAUCUAUGAACACCCAAACUACAAGGGCCACCAGUACUUUCUGAAAAAGGGGGACUACCCUGAAUUCCAGCAGUGGUUGGGUUUCAACGACUCAGUCAGGUCCUGCCGCUUGACCCCUCAACAUCGUGGCACUUUCAGGAUCAAAGUAUACGAGAAGGAAAAUUUUGGUGGACAUAUGAUGGAAUUCACUGAAGACUGCCCAUAUGUCCAUGAACGGUUCCAGCAUAAUGAUAUAAAUUCUUGCAGCAUUCCUGAAGGCCAAUGGAUUUUCUAUGAAGAACGUAACUAUAAAGGCCGUCAAUAUUAUUUGACACCUGGAGAGUAUAGGAAAUACACUGAAUGGGGUGCGAGCAGUCCUAGGGUCGGUUCAUUUAGAAGAGUCCUGGAUUUAUAUUGAGGUCCAUGUGUAAACAUUUCAAAAUAAAAAACUUAAUGAUGA